GGUUAUGAUGACAGACAGUAGUGUACAGGACCGAAUCAAGACCUCAGGUUCAGGAUGCCUUCAGAGUUGUCUGUGUUGUGUCUCCUGCUCCUGCACACUGGAGCUCAUGGGUUUGGGAUAUUGCCAGGAAAGGCUCUGGAUCACCUGGAAAUCACCGAGAACGCAAUUUUAAAUUCCACUGUGCAAGUGUGCCGUGCUCUGGCUCAUGCUGAAGGGACAGACUUCACAUUUCCUCCACAGCCGUUCACUGCAGAGGCCGUUGCUUUUGCCUGCAAUGCACCAAAAUCAUCCAAGAGUUUCCGCCAAGCCAUUAUAUCCAUCAUAUUCCAGAAUGUAAGGGUGGACCUCCGUCACGCCUUUAAUGCAAGCUUCCACUUUGAUGAAGAAAUGUUUGUUCAAGGAAGGAGAAUCAUCACAGAGGGGCUACAAGCUGUCAAAGCCAGCAACAAGCAAGAAAACUUUGAGGCAGCGAGGGAGAAACUGGGAGAGAUUUUACAUCCUUUACAGGAUUUCUACAGUCACAGUAACUGGGUGGAACUGGGGAACAAACUCCCAAACCCCAAUCUGAUCAGAUCAGAUACCAGCAUUGGUAACAUAGCAGAUGUAAGCAGGGCGACAUGUCGCAGCUGUGAUGGAGAUGACUGCAGGAACAACAUUCUGGAGGAUAUCAUAGAGCAGAGGGUGCUCACCUCCGGGUAUUUCAGUGUUGUGCCUUUAGUCUCAACCAAACCCAGAGGAAAGUGCAGCCACGGAGGAGCAAUUGAUCAAACAAGUAAGAUUGAGCCUACAGGUGGAAUCAACAAAGACACUUUUGAUUCCAAUCAUGGACAUCUCCACACUGAAGCAGCAAGAGUGGCAAUAGCUGCAACCAGUGAGCUACUGGAGGACGUUCGAGGGGCUGCUGGUGACAGACCAUUCCUCCAGAUGAUGGGUAUCACCAAAGGAUCCAGUAAAACUCUUUGUUUUGUGAUUGACACCACAAAAAGCAUGAGUGAUGACAUUGAGGCAGUGAGGACCGUCACUUCCUCUAUCAUCAACAGUGAAGUGGGAACAGAUAAUGAGCCCUCACUUUACAUUCUUGUACCGUUCAAUGAUCCAGAAUUCGGGCCACUGAUAAAGACUACAGACUCCAGAGUCUUCAUGAAUGCUAUUAAUUCACUGUCAGCAACUGGUGGAGAAGAUGAGGAGGAACUGAGUCUGUCUGGGCUUCAGCUGGCUUUAUCUGGUGGUUCUUCAAAUUCUGAGAUCUUCCUCUUCACUGAUGCGCCUGCUAAAGACAGACACCUGAGAAGCACAGUGAUCGCACUCAUAGAGCGGACCCAAACAGUGGUGAACUUCAUGAUUACUGACUCAACAGUGACCAAUCGUCGGAGACGGAGUGGUAACAUCCAGCAACAACACAGAGAGAUAUCAGCAUCAGAUGCUCAGCUGUACAGAGACCUGGCUCAGGCGUCUGGAGGUCAGGCUAUUGAAGUCACAAAGAGUGAGCUCCCUGUGGCCACCAGCAUCAUAACCGAGUCCUCCAGCGCCGAUAUGGUGACGCUUCUGCAAGCAGCCAGGAGCCCAGGAAAGGCAGAUAAUUUCUCUUUUAUAGUAGAUGAAACGGUAACAAAACUCACAGUUUACAUCACUGGGCGCUCCAUCAGUUUCACUCUCAUCAGCCCCACAGGUGAAUCUCAGCAAAGCAGCGACGCAACAGGAUCAUUGAUCACUGCGUCCCAGUCAGUGGGAAACUUCAAGACUCUGCAACUAAAAAAUCAAGUUGGACAAUGGGAAAUGAGAAUGAUGUCAACUAACCCCUACACUCUGAAGGUCAUGGGUCAGAGUCCUAUUGACUUCCUGUUUGACUUCCUGGAGGCAGCGCAGGGCCUGAUCACAGGAUUCGAUGUCCUCGACACACGUCCCAAAGCUGGUGUCAACGGUAGCUUGUUGGUGUCUGUAACGGGGAGUGACUCUGCCACGCUGACUGAAGUUGCUCUGAUUGAAUCGGCGGGGUCAGGGGAGAUUAAAGGAGUUGUGCUGCCACAGGGGAGUGGAAACUUCUUGGUUCAGUUUGAGCGGAUACCAUCAGUGGCGUUUGUGGUGCGGGUGAAGGGGCAGAAUGUCAGCAGUACCCCCAGAGCAUCGGUAGUCUUCCAAAGGCAGUCGCCUAUCAACUUCAGAGCCUCCAAUGUGACUAUCACCGCCGAUUCAAAUAGCAUCUUAGUACCAGGAACACCAUUCUCUGUGCCCUUCUCUGUGAUGACCAGUGGAACGGGGGCAAAUUUCACCAUCCGAGCCACCAACAGUCAACGUUUUGACUCAACCUCUCCGACCAGUUUAUUCCUGGAAAGUGGAAACAGUACUAAUGGUACAGUGACCCUCUCAGCACCUCUUAACACCCCAUCCGGUACGGAUGUCACCCUGACCAUUGAGGCUGAGGCUCCAGGCGGCGCAGACACCAACUAUAUCGUGCUGCGUUUCUCUGUUGUUAACACGGUGACUGAUUUCACUCAUCCAGUGUGUGAGCUGCUCAGCCUGCGGUCCAACUGCUCUGAAAACUGCAGCUUAUCGACAUGGGCGCUCUCUGCCCGGGUGAGUGAUGGGGCAGAGGGGACGGGUGUCGACCGUGUCAGCCUCAAGCAAGGCAACGGGACCAUGAACACCAAUCUGGCCGCUGACAACGAGAACGUAACACUGGUGUCCUACAGUGCAUCUUGCUGUUCGCCUGAUAUGGAGCUGCAGGUUGUGGAUCGGGUGGGUAAUGUAGGCUCCUGUUUCUACACACUGCGGGAAAAUCCACCAGCUGCUAUUUCUUUAUCCACCAAAGUCACUCAAUCGCUCUUUCUCUGCCUUAGCGUGAUGGUACUAGGUCUCCAUAUGCUGACUGAGGGGGGCGUUCAGUAAAUCCAGUCUCACUGCUGUUAUCAACACAGUUUGCACUUGUUUUCAAGAAAGUUUUUUUGUAAAGCUUCAGGCUCAGGUUCAGGUUGGAUUAUUUUCAAGUCUAGCCAAAUUUAAGAAGAAAUAUUGAAUUCUGCCACUCUCUUUCUCUUCCUGACUCUGCUGAUUGUCUUUGUGAAUGCACUGAAAUUACGCAUGUUUGUUGCAUUACCCUGGUGAGGUAGCAGUCAGUGAAAUAAAGCAAGAACUUGCCAAAGGGGAACUUCUUAAAAAUCCGCAUUGAUUCGCGGAAGGCCAUUGUACUGUGGAAACAUGAUGACCUUGUGACAGAAACCUCCAACUUCCCUACACAACUCCCACUCUUAAAGAGCAUUGUAUUUGAGCCCGAGCAAAGUUCUGUUGUUGAUUCAAACCUUUUGGACUGUUGUCAAGUUCAGAUGGAAACGAUGUUUAACAGCCAUGUUCAUCUGGCCGAUACUGGGAAAAGGCAAAUUGUUCUGCUAACCAGUAAGGCAGAAAAUUUUUAAUAAUUAUUUAUUUGCUAGUAAUAGCAUGUGUGAAAUUUGUACAUUGGCACUAAACCUGUGUCUUUUUGGCUAGAUUAAUGUAGUAAUGCAAUUAUGUAUGUUUUUAUGUAUGAUAUAUUCUGUGUUAAUCUGUUGCCGUUGUCAGAUUGGCUAUAUUUAAUUUGUGAGAAAGCUUACUUCUUUCUCAUCACCUUGCGUCUCAAAUUUGAGAGUAUCAGACAGGUUCAGUUGGGUCUGAAAAGCGCAGGCAUGGGCUGGGUUUGGCUCUCAGUCCAAGCCCGUGGAGAGCUCUACUGUAUGCUACUUGCACAGUAACACAAAGUUAGUGAGGUGGGCUGGUGAAGGUAGCCAAACAGGUGGCAGAGACCAACACAGAGCCAGAAGAAGAGUGCGUAUUGGACGUUUGUCAGAUGAUUCGAUGUCGGACUGAUGUGUAAAGGGCUAGAUAUAGUCCAACCUAGAUCAGACAUCACACAUGUUACAGUCCAGACUGUCAGACAUUUUGGGCUGCAUAUUGACCCUAGUGUACAUGGGCAAAUGACAAAAUUUAUGUCAAACAGAAACAUGUGAAAACAUGAAUAUGCAAAUUAUAAAUUGAGUUAGACAGCUGUUAGUUAAUCUGUUUGUAAUAUCAAAUAUGUAAAAUGAUAAUAUGUUGGGGUGUGGUGUCUCAUCUUGUUUUGGAGUUUGUCUUCCCCCUAGUGGCGAAAUUGAUUAAUGCAGCUUUAAAUUAUGAAGUGAUUUUCAUGUACAUGUAUCACUGGGUGAUUAACUAUUCUGAUGCUUGUUACUGCUUUUAUAAAUGUAGUAUGUCCUCUGUAUUUAAAUAAGCCAACCUAAAUCCACACUUGCACAUGGAGACAGACAGACUUGGAUAGUUAAAGAC